AUGGACGGCUUCGACCUUCCCAUGUCUUUUGGCAAGAAGGGCAAGCAACCGGCGCCCCAACAACAACAACGAGCACAGCCUGGCUCGGGUUCAGGUUCGGGCUCGCGUGGAGCGCGCGGAAUCGUAGGUGGCGGGCGCCGGCGAGGACGAGGACGCGCAGAGGUCAGUGGACUUGACACGGUGGCGGGUACCAAGAGGCCGUGUCCGACUUCGCCUGCGAGCGACCCAGCUGCCCUGCGUGCUGGCCCAAGUGGCCCAAGCGCUCGCUCGGAGAGUACCUGA